CACCCGCACGCAUUCACACGCACGGGGAUCGAGUUCAGCAAAGCGCCGUUCUUCAACAAGCAGAUGGAGAGGUCAGUGCCUCGAAGUAGCUUUGGAAAGCCCCCAAGCGCAGCGAAAAGACAAAGAUGGGAACGUUUGAGGCGGCAGUGGGAGCUUCUUGGUGUAUUUGAGAUUGAUCAGCAACACGAGUUUUACAGCCUGACUUGCAUGAUAAAAGAAGGAUUGUCAAUGUCGAUCCAAACUGCUACUGACAGUGCACCCACAAAUCAACUAAGAGAAGAAGAUUUCACUUCAAAGGUGACUCAGAUUCAUAAGGGUUUUACUCUAGAAACGUUUGCUGGCCCAGUGUUUUCCAAGCUACGUGGAUCUUUAGGUGUGACAGAACAGGAGUAUCAGCAGUCCCUCUGCUCGGACAAGUGCUACCUCCAGUUCAUCAGCAACUCUAAAAGCAAAGCUGACUUCUUCCUCACCAAUGACAAGCGCUUCUUUUUGAAGACCCAGAAUGAGAGGGAAAUCCGAUUCCUUCUGGACAACCUGAAGAUCUACAUGGAACAUAUGAAGACAUAUCCCCAUUCACUUCUGGUGAAGUUGCUAGGUGUUCACAGGAUCAACAUUUCAUACAGGCAAAAGAAAUACUUCAUUGUUAUGCAAAGUGUGUUUUAUCCAGAUGAUCGAAUCAGUGCUAGGUAUGAUAUUAAAGGUUGUGAAGUGAGUCGCUGGACAAACCCUGCGCCGGAGGGAUGCCAGAUUAUUGUGGUUCUCAAAGACCUCAACUUUGAAGGCCAAUACAUCACACUUGACCAGCAGCGUUCCUGGCUCUUGCGGCAAGUGGAAAUCGACACAGACUUUCUCAGAAGCCUCAACGUGUUGGACUACAGUCUCCUCAUCGCAUGCCAGCCUUUACAGCAAGAUGAGCGUCAUCACGCACUUUCCUUUGCUUCACUUAUCAAGAGAACUAAGCGAUCUGUGCAUCCCAGCACCAGCCCUAGCCAGAGUAUCCCUUCCGUUCCCGGGACAGUCCCAGAAGGUACCACUUUCAUUCAAUCUGAAAGGGAUGAGGAGCGUUCCAAACCAGCACAAGCCAGAGAUCUGUUGAGAGCUGAAACGCCUCAGCAGCCCGAGGCUGUCAGUGACACCGGAGGACUUAUAGACUUCACAGUCCAAAACAGACGUUUAUUGCUCAACUUAAAAAAUGCUCAACACAUCAUUGAUGGCCCUGACCAGCGUUACUUCAUUGGCAUUAUUGACAUUUUCACAGUUUACGGUUUCAAGAAGAGACUGGAGUAUUGGUGGAAAAGGCUGAGACACCCAGGCCGGACAUUUUCCACCGUCAGUCCACGGAAUUACUGUGCCAGACUCUGUCAGUGGGUGCAGGACCAUACCAAGUAAAAUACCAGAGGUUUUUAGUCGCCGCCCACGUGCGUACCAAAUGUCUCAUGUGUGCAAAUGAACCAGUUUGGAUUCUUGUCAUCCUCCCUCAAAGCCUGUUUGAAUAUAAUACAAGAAUAGAAUAGAAUAGAAUAGAAAGUACUUUAUUGAUCCCUGGAGGAAAUUCAGCACUUGGGUUUUAGCCUUAAGAACCCAGACCAACUUAUGCUAAAAGUAAAACGAUGGUGGAUGUAUCAUUGACCAAGGGGAUUUAUUGUUUUAAAAAUACUAAUAAUUCAUGGCAGAGACCUGUGUUGUUACAUUUAUGUUACAUUGUUGAUGGUCGAUGAGUGUGAUGUUACAUUUAUGUUACAUUGCUAAUGGUCGAUGAGUGAGAUGUUACAUUAUGUUACAUUGAUAAUGGUCGAUGAGUGUGAUGUUACAUUUAUGUUAUAUUGUUAAUGGUCGAUGAGUGUGAAGUUACAUUGAUAAUGAUCGAUGAGUGUGAAGUUACAUUAUGUUACAUCGUCAAUGGUCGAUGAGUGUGAUGUUACAUUUAUGUUACAGUGCUAAUGGUUUAUGAGUGUGAAGUUACAUUUAUGUUACAUUGUUAAUGGUCGAUGAGUGUGAUGUUACAUUUAUGUUACAUUGCUAAUGGUUGAUGAGUGUGAAGUUACAUUUAUGUUACAUUGAUAAUGGUCGAUGAGUGUGAUGUUACAUUUAUGUUACAUUGCUAAUGGUCAAUGGGUGUGAAGUUACAUUUAUGUUACAUUGCUAAUGAUCGAUGAGUGUGAAGUUACAUUUAUGUUACAUUGCUAAUGAUCGAUGAGUGUGAAGUUACAUUUAUGUUACAUUGCUAAUGGUCGAUGAGUGUGAAGUUACAUUUAUGUUACAUUGUUAAUGGUCAAUGAGUGUGAAAUUACAUUAUGUUACAUUGUUAAUGGUCGAUGAGUGUGAAGUUACAUUUAUGUUACAUUGUUAAUGGUCGAUGAGUGUGAAAUUACAUUAUGUUACAUUGUUAAUGGUCGAUGAGUGUGAAGUUACAUUUAUGUUACAUUGUUAAUGGUCAAUGAGUGUGAAAUUACAUUAUGUUACAUUGUUAAUGGUCGAUGAGUGUGAAGUUACAUUUAUGUUACAUUGCUAAUGGUCGAUGAGUGUGAAGUUACAUUUAUGUUACAUUGUUAAUGGUCGAUGAGUGUGAAGUUACAUUGAUAAUGAUCGAUGAGUGUGAAGUUACAUUAUGUUACAUCGUUAAUGGUCGAUGAGUGUGAUGUUACAUUUAUGUUACAUUGCUAAUGGUUUAUGAAUAUGUAAUACAACAACAUGUAGGUGUAAUACGACAACAUGUAG